AUGAUCGCAACUCCCCUAAUCGUCGUGUUCUUCGUCUUCGCUGUGCAAGCAACGUUUACCUUUGCCAACCCAUGGAGUAUCGUGAAUGAAGAAAAUGAUGUUAUGAUGGCCAAUCCGUUAGGAUCACCAUCUGCCAGAGGUUCCGCCAUAAUCCGCAAGCCUAAGACCAAGUACCGGGUCAUAAAACACCGCCCUGUUUAUGCUGCAGCAGCUCCUCGCUCUCGCUCCCUCAAACGCACCUCGCACAUAAUUAACAACAAAGAUUUGGUCGAAGGAAUGGCAUGAAAGAAAUCACUCCCUACAGGACUGCUCCAAAUGGAGUGAGCUUGAUUUAUAUGCAGUGUGCUUUGAGAAGUAAAGUAUUCAAU